CACUUGGAUGCGGCUCCACUGCGCGUGCGCCCGAGCGCUUUAAACGCCGCUAGUGGAGAGCGCGAGCCGCGGACUGCUGCAGUCUGGAGCCGCGCGGAAAGACUGCACACCUCGAUUAUUUCAUAGCGCCUAGGUGGCGAGCCCGAAUCAGCGCUUUCUUUGAUUUGUCCUCAAACUGGUUUAUUCAUCUUAUUCGCGCCAUGGCCAACAAAGAGGAGAAAGCUGACGAGAAACAGUCGAGUUGGAAAGAUUUUAUCUACAACCCUCGGACUGGGGAAUUCAUCGGGCGCACCGCGAGCAGCUGGGCUCUUAUAUUCCUCUUUUAUCUGGUCUUCUAUGGCUUCCUGGCGGGAAUGUUCAGUCUCACCAUGUGGGUGAUGCUGCAGACGCUGGAUGAGCACACUCCCACAUACAGGGACCGAGUGGCCAAUCCAGGGUUGAUGAUCAGGCCGAAGUCCUUGGAAAUUCAAUUUAACCGAUCGAUUCCCCAGCAAUACAUCAAGUAUGUGCAGCACCUGGAGUCGUUCCUGGAGCCGUACAAUGACUCUCUGCAGGAGGCGAACAAGCCCUGUCCCGAUGGUAUGUACUUUGAGCAAGACAAUGUUGAGGAGAAGGCGGCUUGCCAGUUCAAGAGAAGUGAGCUACGACAGUGCUCUGGACUGGCUGAUAGCAAUUUUGGUUAUUCCGAGGGUCAGCCAUGCAUCCUAGUCAAGAUGAAUCGAGUGAUUGGGCUUAGGCCACGAGGAGACCCACAUAUCAACUGCAAAGUCAAGGUAAUUCCCAAAUCACACUUUGUGUUACUAGCUUCAGAGUGUUCGAUGUCAGGAUGAGUGUGACAUGAUGGA